CACACCCGACCAUGGACAUGAGGAACCACGGCGAAAACUGGUGGUGGAAAUGCCAUCUAAGAUCAAGGAUGUUUACCAGAAGAAGAAAGACUACCGCCAUCGACCGUCCAAGAAAGCCGUCCUCAUCAAGUGGAUCUCGACCUUGCUUUUGUUUGUACUGAUAUUGGGAUUUAUUAAUUUCAGUAAGAUAUCGGUUAUAUCCAUUACAAACCGAAUGUACCAUGCAGAAAAGAACGGCCACGCUCCGGGAAUGUUUAUAAUGCUACAAUUAAUGGCAGUUAUACCUCAGGUAAUCAAUUUCAUGAGAGGUAUCAUGCGGGGAGCAUUCCGUAAGGAUAUACCAUGGCCAUCGAAGAGGUCUUUGACAGUGGCGACGGUGGUAUGUCUUUUGGAAUCAGUUGGUAUUACAUUAUUCAUCUUCAAAAUACCCGGUAUCACUAAACCAGUUGUUGUUGUGCUCCUUAUGAUGUGCGUGUUUAUUGCGCCUAUCAUCUACAAUCUUGUGAUCAGUUUUCUACUCGGAAGAGAUGGGCUGGCAAGGGAUAGGAUAAUAUUCGUUAUGGCGCUUGUAUUUGAAAUUGGAGGCUGUGGAUUGACUGCUAGUCAGUGUGCCUUAGAUACAACGGAAAGGACAUUUGCAAUCGUUGCCUUGCUGUUACUGGUUGCUGCUCAAAUAUUAUCCACUGGAUAUCUCAUCAUUAGGUCGCAGUCGGUUGUGAUGUUGAAAGAAGACCAGCUAUUUUGGACACCCAUGUACAAUUCUGCCUUACUGGAGCAAUGGUUGAUGCUGGUCAGAAAGAAUGAAUACCACGACGAAGAUCAUCAAAACCCCAUUGAAAAGGCAAAGCAGUCAAAGAUUUUUAUUUGUACAACAAUGUAUAGAGAGGCUGAUUAUGAGAUGAAACAGCUACUGGAGUCUAUACAAAGACUUAAUCUCGCACAAGCAAAAGGCAACCGGCACUUUGAGGCCCACGUUUUCUUUGACGGAGCUGUGAAGGACAGAAACCCAACGGAGUUUGUACUACAGCUGGUUUCACUUGCUGAAACAGUGCUAGGUGUAGAAGCAGAAUUCAGUACCAAAAACGCCACCCCGUACGGAAUCUCAUUUUCAUGGAAACUAAAAGCUGCAGACAGCGGGAAAGGAAUGGUGUUCCGAAUCCACCUUAAAGAUAAUCUAAAGGUCAAGAACAAGAAAAGGUGGAGUCAGGUGAUGUACAUGUCAUAUGUGCUCGACUUUCUCCUUAAACAAGACGAAAAUGGUAAGCGAGAGGCAUCGGAAGAAGACUGUUUUGUCCUCACAACUGAUGCAGACGUGCAGUUCACACCUGACUCUGUUGAAGCCCUUCUUGACCUCAUGACCCGAGAUAACACAGUCGGAGCGGUGUGUGCCAGAACCCAUCCCCUUGGGAGCGGUCCACUAGUGUGGUACCAAGUUUUCGAGUACGCGAUCGGUCACUGGUUUCAGAAGGCGGCGGAACAUGUUAUUGGGUCAGUUCUCUGUUCACCAGGAUGUUUCAGUGUGUACAGAUGCCGAGCUAUCAGGGAUAUCCUUCCUCAGUAUGCAACGAAUGUGGAACACGCAUUCGACUUCCUCACCAAAGAUAUGGGGGAAGACAGAUGGUUCUGUACCCUUCUGGUCCAAAGUGGCUGGCUGAUUGAAUAUUGCGCCGCUUCAGAGAACAGUACGCAUUGUCCGGAAGACUUCGACGAGUUCUUCAAACAGAGGCGUCGCUGGGUUGCGUCCACAUUAGCAAACCUGAUGCUUCUAAUCAAGGAAUGGAGCAUCAUCUCAAAGUUGAACCCCCGUGUGUCCAUCAUUUUCCUAGUGUAUCAGAUGAUCAUAUUGAGUGCCACUCUUAUAAGUCCAAGCUCAGUUAUCCUGGUAGUAACCGGUGGCCUCAAAUACUCUUGGAAUAUCGGCGUUACGACCAGCGUUGUGCUACAAGUACUUGUUACCGUGGGAUACGCAGCUACGUGCCUGUUUACGUCAUCAAAGACGCAGCUAAACGUUGCAAAACUUUUAACAUUCCUGUACGCUGUGAUCAUGUCGGCUGUAAUGGUCGGUGCUGCAGUUCAGAUUGCAAAAGACUUUAGCAAAGACAGUGACACUGUUAUCAAUAAAGCAAGCUUCCCCAUAUCAAUUACAACUCUUUACCUCGGGAUAAUGGUUGGCAUAUUUUUCAUCACUGGAAUCUUACAUCUUUGGGAGUUUGUCUAUCUACUCCAUGGCGUCUGGUUUUUCCUCUGUAUCCCGGCUGGCUAUCUCGUCUUAAUGAUCUACAGCAUCAGUAACAUCACCGAUCGAUCUUGGGGUACUCGAGAGGUAAAAACACACUCGGUCCGGGAAGUUAACAAAAGCUGGCAAGAUUCACUGACUAAGGCAUUCAAAUCCUUUUUCUUCUGCUGCUUUAAAAAGCAAUUAACUUCUGCAACAUCAAGCACACAAACUGAGCUUCCACAAACAAAGACGACAACAAUGCGAACAAUGUCAUUGGGUCGACAAACCACGACACAGGAAUCCCAGUCAAUGGUAGACGAAGAGCAGCCCACAUCUCUCAAGAUCUCUGAUUUUAGGAAAUCUGUGAGGUUUGAUAUGGGUAUCGUUGGCGAUUUGAACGAAGAAACGAACGUAGCCGGAAAUCUCAAUGCAGUUUUUGACGACAACAGCGACGACGAGGAAGGUACUGAAAACAAAGUACGGACAGUCGAGGAAUGGCUUCCCAAAGAAUCAAGGGACACUCCAGGGCAACAUGAGUUGGUAAAGAGAUUUAAGGAGCAUGGAUUCGAAAAUACUAUUUUCAUCAGCAGAAUGACUGAAAAGGAAUUAAAAGAUGUAGGUGUGAAAAGUGCAGGCUUGAAAAGUUUUUUUAUGGAAAAUAUCAAGCGCCUUCCAGAUUAUGAAAUUCAAGCCUUUGUACCGAAAACAGUUGAUGAGUGGCUGGACAACAUAGGCUUGGGGAUAUACAAGGAGAACUUCAAGAAGGAACAGAUUAGAAUUGCAAAAGAUAUGGAGGUAUUGAAGUCCUUCUCAAGGAGCGAUAUCGAGCGCGACCUUAAUAUAAAAAAGAUUGGUCACAUCAAAAGACUGCUGUACGCGAUAAGCAAGCUGAGAAAUCCAACAGAGGCCGAGAUGAAACUAAUUGAAGUUGGUGAAAGAUUGAACAAACCGGUCCAAGUCAAACUCUCUAACAAGGAUGGAUUUGAGUUUUGGGACAAUCUGAGAAACUUUUGUCUGAUUCCACAGUCCACAGCGUAUGGGUUGGAAAAGGACCUUAAAGAAAAGCUGGGUGACCUACGUAAUGCUUGGUUGAUGGUGUUUGCUGUCUCCAACGCUUUAUGGAUGGUCCUUAUAUUCACGUUGGCAAACCAAGGGCAGCUACUCAGUGUUGCGGGGAGUAACCCUGCUGGUUUGGUGGUUUUGGUGCUGUUUUCUUUCGUACUCCUCAUACAGUUUCUGGCAAUGAUACUGCACCGUAUAGGCACACUGACACAUUUCCUUGGUCGAGCGCCCUACCGAAUGAGCGGUGAAUUCAACAUGUCCUGGGCAUUUAAUGAUAGUGACAUAAAGGUACACGAGGAUGAGACAACCACCGUGUAG